AUGGGAGCUACUAAAGAAAAGAAAGCAGAAUAUUUCUUGCGUUUGAAACAAUACGUUCAGGACUUCAAGUCUGUGUUCGUUGUCGGUAUCGACAAUGUUUCUUCGCAACAGAUGCAUGAGGUCAGAAAGGCCUUGAGAGGUGAGGCUGUUGUUGUUAUGGGUAAAAACACCAUGAUCAGAAGAGCCUUGAGAAACUUUGUUAACGAGUUCCCAGACUACGAGAAGUUGAUGCCUUACAUCAGAGGUAACGUUGGAUUUAUCUUCACCAACGGUGAUUUGAAGCACAUCAAGGAGGUUGUUUUGGCCAACCAGGUUGCUGCUCCAGCUAGACCAGGUGCCAUUGCUCCAUGUGAUGUUUACGUUCCUGCUGGUAACACCGGUAUGGAACCAGGUAAGACUUCUUUCUUCCAGGCUUUGGGUGUUCCAACUAAGAUUGCUCGUGGUACUAUUGAGAUUACCUCCGAUGUUAAGAUUUUGGACAAGGAUCAAAAGGUCGGACCUUCUGAGGCUCAGUUGUUGAACAUGUUGAAGAUCUCUCCAUUCACCUUCGCCAUGUCCGUUAUUGAGGUUUACGACGAUGGUGACAUUUUCCCAUCAUCUCUUUUGGAUAUUACCGAUGAUGAGUUGGUUGCUGACUUUACUGAGGCUGUCAGCAACAUCACCAAGAUUUCCUUGGCUUCUGGUUACCCAACAGUUUCUGCUGUCUCUACCCACAUCAUCAACGCUUACCAGGACAUCGUCAACUUGUCUCUUGGAAGCGACUACACCUUUGAGGGUACUGAGGAGCUUAAGGACAGACUUGAGCAUCCAGAGAAGUAUGCUGCUGCUGCUCCGGCUCCUUCUGAAGAGAAGAAGGAAGACGAGGAGGAAGAAAAGAAGGAUGAAGACGAAGAGGAGGAAGAGGAUUCCGAUGAGGAUAUGGGUAUGGGCUUGUUCGAUUAA